AUGGCGGUCGAAGAGCCGGACAUUGAACUUGGGACUGGUUUCGCUUUUAAGGUCAUCAGUCGACGCAUCGUGGCUGGCCCUAUCCGCAAGGGUCGUAAGUCAGGAAAGGUGGGCCGUCGUGGUCGUCGUGGCCGACGCCGAGGCAGGGUUAGGAUGGCUUUGACGUCCACGGUAAAGGGCACAUUUGAACCUAUGUAUUCUAAGGGUUCAAAGCUGCCAUAA